AUGGCUGGCAGUUCCGCGCCUCCCUCGUCCACAUCUUCUCGCAACAAUUCACCAUUCUCACCCGAUUUCCCUUCCGGAAUCCCCCUUACUUCCGAUCAGGUCAAGCACUGCACUGAAGCACUCGCACUGUUGAAGAGCAGGCUCCUCGACCCUCACACCAUCCCUCAAGAGUUUCUUCACUUGCAGGAGAACAGGAUAACGCUGAGUGAGACGACGAGAAGAUGCAACGUUGCUCUUAAUUCUGCUAAUCUCAGCAAAAAUCGUUACAGAGAUGUUAUACCAUUUGACAAGAACAGGGUUGUUCUGAAUUCGAGUUCAGAUUAUAGGUCUGAAGCACUGGGGUAUAUCAAUGCAAGCGUUAUCUCGACCUCUUCCCCUGGAACUGUGUCUGAGUUUAUAGCCACGCAAGGUCCACUGCGACACACUUUUGAGGAUUUUUGGGAAAUGAUGAUACAAUAUCACUGCCCUGCAAUUGUGAUGCUUACUAGGUUGGUCGAUAAUGACAAGAUUCUGAAGUGUGGAGAUUAUUUUCAAUCUGAGGAUAGACCUAGAGAAUUCGGGAAUAUCUCUCUUAAAUGUAAAUGGACGAAAACUACUGAAACUUCACUUGUGCUGCGAAAUUUGGAGGUGAACCAUAAAGAGGUAGAGGAUACACCAUUAUCUGUUUUUCAUAUUCAGUAUCCCGAGUGGCCUGAUCAUGGAGUUCCAAACGACACUUCGGCUGUGCGUGAAAUUUUGAAAAGAUUAUACCAUUUGCCACCAAAUCUUGGCCCAAUAGUGGUGCACUGCAGUGCAGGUAUUGGUAGAACUGGAACAUACUGCACAAUUCACAACACGAUUCAGAGAAUACUUGCUGACACAGGAUCAGUAUAUUUUUUGCUACGAAGCUAUCAUAGAUGA